AGCUUCCUUCGUCGCUCAUCUUCGUCGUCGCUUGCUCAGCCUCUCUCGCUGGAGCUAGAAGAGACGCGUCUCCGUGGCAUGGAUUUGGAGUCGUAUUACGAGAUCGAUCGCACGGCGGAGUUCGUCCAGAGUCGGAACUUCGCCAGAGUUGCUCUGCAGUUUCCGGAUGACCUGUUAAAGGAUUCGACAAAGGUGGUGAGAGCUUUACGUACGAAACUUGCUUCUCUGAGACCAUCUUCUGGUGAGGAAAACAGGGGAGACGGUGAUGUUGGGCUAUUCGUGAUGGCAGACACCACAUUCGGUAGUUGUUGCGUGGACGAGGUCGGGGCUUCACAUAUUAAUGCUGACUGUGUCAUACAUUAUGGGCAUACUUGUCUUACUCCCACCUCAACCCUUCCAGCAUUUUUUGUUUUUGGAAAGGCUCCUAUAAAUGUAUCAAAUUGUGUGAACAGCCUAUUGCACACUGCUGAUACAGCUGGUAAACCUGUUAUGGUUCUUUUUGGGCUGGAAUAUGCCUAUGCUAUGCUGGAUGUGAAAAAGGCAGUGUUGGAAGCAUUAGUAUCCUAUGAAUCCCAAGCUGAACUGGAAAUCCAAUUUUCUGAUGUUGUCUGUUCAGUGCUAGAUCCAUCAGGGAAGUCUGGGAACUCUGGCGGAAUCACGGAAUUAAUUGGUGUGUCUAAUGCCAAUGAUGCUGUUGGUGUACAAACUGGCACUAGGCACAGCACUGGAGGUCUAGUCUGGAAUGUGCCUCAAGGGCGCAAAGUGGAGGACUACUCAAUGUUUUGGAUAGGAUCAGAGAAUGCUGCAUUUGCAAAUUUGGUUUUGACAUUCAAUGGGUGUGAAAUAGUCAGAUAUGAUGCGACAGAAGAUCGCUUGGUGACAGAUUUAUCACAACAGAGAAGAAUACUCAAGCGUAGAUACUUCCUGGUGGAGAAAGCAAAAGAUGCUAAUAUUGUUGGGAUUUUGGUGGGGACCCUUGGUGGUGCCGGCUACCUUCAUAUGAUACAUCAAAUGAAAGAGCUGGUCACAGGAGCCGGCAAAAAGGCAUAUACUCUUGCCAUGGGGAGACCAAAUCCUGCAAAGCUUGCCAACUUCCCUGAGUGCGAUGUUUUCAUCUAUGUCUCCUGUCCCCAGACAGCUCUGCUGGACAGCAAAGAGUUUUUGGCUCCUGUAAUCACACCAUUUGAAGCCAUGAUAGCUUUCAAGAGUGGAAGUCAGUGGACAGGAGAGUAUAUUAUGGAAUUUCGGGAUUUCAUUAAGUCAUCCCCAGAAGAAGUCAGGAAUCCAUCAGAAGAAGCUCGUUUUUCCUUCCUUCAGGGCGGAUAUGUAGAGGACCAAAAUCUGGAAGGGAUUGGCGAGGAAGAUAAUGAAGGAGAUCUCGCAUUGGCGCAUGCCACAGAGAAGGCUCUUUCUCUGCGUAAGAGGCAUCCCAAUUCUGUUGUCAAAGGAACAGCUAAAUCUGGGGCCGAGUUUCUUGCAGCUCGAACGUAUCACGGCCUUGACAUGGAUAGCUACAGUUCAUCCCCAGAGCCGUUCAUAGUUGGCAGGAGUGGCAGAGCGUCGGGGUAUGAGGAUGAGAAAAGCCGUGAGAAGGAUUAGAUUGGUCUGAUAAAAAGUUUAGUUGCAUUGCGAUUCCUGGAUGCAAGUUACCGACCAUCUUGAUUGAUAAAGUUGGUGUAGUUCAGUCGAUGGACAAAUUCAAAUGGCCCCUCAUUUGGUACUCUUCUCAUCAAUUUUGAUCGAGUCUCAAUACCUUUCAUGUGGCUGGGGAGCAGGAGGCAGGGACAUCGGGUGCGUUGCUUGGGAUCAAAGGGUGCCUUGUCAUCUCGAGCUCAUAAAGCGGCAAAUGUGGAAUGUAACUUGUAAUGAUUGGUCUUUAGCAAAUUAGUUUGAGAGAGGAAAGGCUAAUUUUAGGGGGAUUGCCAUAAAGUACUCGAGAAAAUUCUGUUGUAAUUACAUGAUAGUGAGAGCUUAUGCUUUGGGUUCUUGUUUUCUCAUUUAUUUUUCUUUUUAAAAUUGGCUUUUGGGCUUUUUAGUU